AUGUCCGCCCUCCACCUAAAAUUCGACGACGAUGACCCCUGGAUCAUCGAGCAGAAAAUGUUCAACCUCCUAAAUGAUUACCUCCAACAUCCCAGCACAAAAUCGGCGCUUGAAACCACUCAGGCUCUAGAUAAUCUGUUCCCUAUACACCGAAGCAACGAAGACCAGCCUCAUGGAGAACCCAGGGAACCACCCCAAAGCUUCCUCUUACAUAUGUGGCCUCUUUUUCUCAAUAUCGCUUCUCAGAUCCCACAUGAUCAUUCAGCACAGGAGAAACUUGCAGAGCUUGUGGGAACACUGAAAAACCUGGUGUCAAAGUCUCCGAUUGUGCAUAUUGAUUGUUCUGAUUAUAAACUCUGGAGAGACUUGCCACUCCUAUUUCCGACGAUAGAGGAGGAGCUUGAGCAAAUGGCAAACUGCGAUGCAGAAUCCAAGCAAACCUACCGAAAUGCCAGUUCCUUUCUUGCCCGUCUAACCCGCGACCGCACCGCCGACUGGUUCGCUCUCGCGAUCGGCGAAGUCGGCGGGUGCUUGGAAGGCCAUGUAGUCUUCCGGCAUGCGCAUGCGCAUCGUGGCACGCCUAUCUUGGACUUCAUCCCAGAGCGGGACGAGGAUAUUGAGGGUGCAUUUGAUUGGAUUUCUAUAUGUGGACAUGUCCUGUUUAGUCUGGAUAUGGAGGUGAAACAGAGUGGAGGGGGCCCGCUGUGGGAGGGGAAACUUGGACUUUGUCCAGAGCGGUGGCAGUUGUGGAAGGAAAGGCUCGGGGAGCUUGCUGAGUUUGGUGGUGUUUCUGAAAGGGCGAGAAAGCUUGCGAGGGAGACGAGGGAUAGGAUGGAGGUUGUGGAGAGUGAUGCUAAGGGUCAGUGA